AGCACGGGUCUGAUCACGUGACGGCUAAAGGGCAGGACAGGGUUUCUACACACUUUUGUAAACAACAUGGCUGUUCACGGACUGGCCCUGCUAGCCUGGUAGCUACUGAUCCAACCACACUGUGCUGUCAGAGCACAGCUAUCUGGCCUCAUAAGCGACACACGGCAGACCUCUAGGAAGUUACCUGUCGGGGUAAUUAGUUGUAGCGAGAGCUGGACCGAGGAGCUGUCAACAAGAGACCGUCUGACAGUGAAACGGCCCUCCUCAGUCUAUGGGCUCUCAGUCCAGUUCUGGGAUGUCUGGUGGAAGGGGUUCUUCCAGUGGCAACCCAGCUGAGCAGUCUGAAUCAUCAGAACCGAACCAGAGCAGCAGCAGCAGCAGUAGCAGCAGCAGCAGCAGCAGCCGAGGCCGCAGGACGGCUGACAGGCAGCAGGGAGACAGACAGACAGCAUCAGAGGAGGACGUUGACUUAGCUGAAGUGCUGGCUUACCUACUGAGGAGGGGCCAGGUGCGACUGGUCCAUGGCAGCGGAGCCACCGGGCUGCAGCUGGUCCAGUCGUACUCUGACUCGGAUGAGGACAGCGACGGAGCCUGGGAGGGUCGGCUGGGUGACCGAUACAAUCCACCAGUGGACUCCCAACCCGACACAAAUGAGGUGGACCGAAGUGAGAUCCGAACUCAGAUCCUGCUGGCCACCGGCUCCAUGACCCUGAAAGGCCCACAGAGUUUCACCCACAUGCUGACAGAGAGGGAACAAGGCAGAUGUAGAGGCUCCAGUUUUUCUCAUGGGGAGUGCAGUCGUAUCCGCACACAUUUUCUGCCCAACUAUGUAUCCCACAAGGAUACGUACCAGCAGAAAGCCUUCUGUGGAGUGUACAGCGAGGAUGGCAACAUGUUCCUCUCCGCCUGCCAAGACCAGAACAUCCGCUUGUACGACACCACCAGGGGACGCUUUCACCUACGACAAACAGUGAAGGCUCGCGAUGUGGGCUGGAGUGUGCUGGACGUCUGCUUCACCCCCGACGCACAAAAUGUGCUAUACUCCAGCUGGUCUGACUACAUUCAUUUGUGCAGUAUAGAUGGAGACAGCGAGAACCACACCGCCUUGGACCUCAAUCCAGAUGAGAGGAGGUUCUGUGUGUUCUCACUGGCUGCGUCCACAGAUGGCAACGAGAUCCUGGGAGGAGCAAACGACGGCUGCCUUUACGUUUUUGAUCUUGAGCAGAAUAAACGAACACUGAAGAUUGAUGCCCACGAGGACGACGUGAAUGCGGUGGCGUUCGCCGACAGCUCGUCCCAGCUGCUCUUCUCUGGCAGCGACGACGCGCUGUGCAAGGUGUGGGACAGACGGACGCUGCGGGAGGACAGACCGCAGCCUGUCGGACAGCUGGCCGGCCACCGAGACGGCAUCACCUUCAUCCACAGCAAGGGUGACGCCCGCUAUCUGAUCAGCAACUCGAAGGACCAGUCCAUCAAGCUCUGGGACGUCAGAAAGUUCUCGCCCAAAGAGGGGUUGGCAGCUUCCCGCCAGGCCGUCGCCCAACAAAACUGGGAUUACCGCUGGCAGCAGGUUCCCCAGAGAGGUGAGGGAGCCCUGAAGAAACACAAGCUGUCAGGCGACACCUCGGUGAUGACCUACCGUGGUCACGGCGUCCUGCACACCCUCAUCCGCUGCCGUUUCUCUCCAGAGUUCACCACUGGACAGAGGUUCAUCUACUCCGGCUGCUCCACGGGCAAAAUCAUCGUUUAUGACGUCCUGACGGGCGGCGUGGUCUCCAGACUGUCGGGCCAUGACGCAUGUGUGAGGGACGUCAGUUGGCACCCGUACGAGGACAACAUCGUCAGCAGUUCCUGGGACGGAGCGGUGCGAAUGUGGGAGCACAGACAGACCCAUCCGCUAGAGGAGGAGAGAGAGCGGGAGAAAGUCUCACAACAGGAGAAAGACCUUUAGACAGCGACAGAAGAAGAUAGACAAAGGAAAAAGAUGUCGGAGGAAGUGACAUCACCACAGAAGGGUCGAGGCUGGCCCUAACGCAGGAAGGCAAUACGCUCAGAAAGACCGGGAGAGACUUCAAUAUCUUUUUAAAUUCAAUGCUGGAUAUUAAUGAUUACAGUUAUAGCGUGGUUGUGAAGUGUUCGUUUGGAAGGCAUUAUAGCCUCGCGUUGGUGGGACGGCCUACUUCUGUUUUUCCUUUUUGUUUUUGCCUCACUGUCAGGCACAAAGGCCUGAAACACUUCACGCAAAUGUGCUGAAGCUCGAAAACGCUAAGCACCGCAAUUACUUAAUGAGCUCGUGAAAUUUAAUGGUAAGUUAGUUCUAUAAAAAUCAAUGUUGGAUAUUGCAGGGAGAAACUGACGAUGAUAAUUCUGUAUAAAUGUAUAGUAUUUUAAUGGUAUGUGCAUUCAGGGAGUGUAUUUAGAUAGCUGUCGGUGUGCUGAUUUGGACUUUUGACCUUGCUGUUAUGAGUAACACGAGCUGUGUCCUAUUCGAGGGGGCCCUCACGUUCAAAGUCCACAUUUAAAGACUGAUUAUAUUAUAAUAAUCCAGUACGUUAUUUACCAAUUGCCCUUAGUCACGACUCCUAAACCUGGCAAGCGUAACUUUCCUAAUUUUACCGUUGGUCCACCACUCCCAAAAACGUCCUAUGUCGGACAUUUCCAGCAUACCGAGCUGAUCAAGACACCCCAAAAGCAGUUAGUUUACAGAGUCACGUCAUUUUUAAUGUCAAACUCGCAAUGAUUUUAUGUUAAAACCUCUUUAGAUCGCUUCGAGUCUAACAAGACUCAAGACACAGAGGUCUUAUUAUUGAUCAUGGGUCAGCAUUUAGCUGUGUAAUUGCGAGCCCUGAGUCGAUAAAAGAAAAUUAAUUUGUUGGCCAAUAUAAACCUGUGAUCCAUUUAAAAGAUUUGAAUGUGUGUGUUAACAUGUUGGGACUCGGUGAAGGGACUGGGGAUGUGUGCGCGGAUCAAAACUCACACACUGAUCUGUAUAUGCAAUUUUCAGGUGUUUAUAUCAAAGCCCAUAUUUCACUCUAAGACCGUUGUUUUACAGUAACAAUAAAACAUUUCUUUCAGUGUAUCGCCACGAA